AUGACGAGGUGACGUACAUCAAGCGAGAAAGCGAACACACAGUGACUAGUGUCACAACACUACCAACCUAAUCAGAAAAUAUCUAGGGAUAUUUUCAAAACUAUUUUGUUUAGUAUUUUAAACCUGCGUUAAAACAACAAACAAGAUAAAAACACACCAAAAGUAUUUCAACCAACGAGCACAAUUUCUAACCUCCAAACACUUGAAAAUCCACAGCGAAAAUACUUAAAAUGUUCGCGAUAAAAUGUCUAUUACCCAACAUUACAAAACCAAUCGCUAUUAAAACAAUCACCACCACCGCGACACUCAACGGCAGUCUAAAACCACCGCAAAAGUUAACCACGCUGUUGGGAAUCUCCACGGACCGCACACAGACAAUCCCGUUGGAAACAAGCCUCAAAUACCUCAAAAGCAAGGCGUACAAGCAAACCUACGGCGAAGACCCCGUCUGGGUGCCAUACAGGCGCAACCACAAGGGCGCCAUCCCACCGAGGAAGACGCGAAAGACGUGCAUUCGAGGCGGGCACAUCUCCACCGGCAAUCCGUGCCCAAUCUGUCGAGAUGAGUAUCUAGUCCUGCAUGAGAACAAUACCGCACUGUUGAAUCAAUUUAUAUCACCGCAAACCGGCGCGAUUCUCAGCUAUAAACAAACAGGCUUGUGUCAGAAGAAGCAUCAGGAGUUACAAGUCGCCAUUGCGAAAGCGCGCGAUAUCGGAACAAUUACAUUCGAUGUUCCAUUCAGGAAAUAUAAUUAUGCAGAUUAUUACAAAGAAUAGAAUAAAUUUUGUAGUUUAAAUUAGUA